GGAUGCCAGCUUGCUACUCAACGUUAACGAAGCACUUCCCAAUCCCUGAACCUGCUAUCCAGAGAAUUGCUGACCAGGAUCUUAAAGUGCGGAUGGCACAGCCUACUACCCUCUAAAGCCACCUUUCUGAAUUCUGCCGCAUAUCCAGACGAUUUCGUUGGUAACGUCGGUUCAUGAAAUGGAAACGCUCACCUUCCUACAUCUGAAUUGCCAAAUUUCCCCAAUAAAUGAAGGAAAUUGGAAGUACCUAAGCAGGAGCGGUAGAGUCUGCUUCAAACCCAACUCGAAGCUUACAUUUUCCUGUUUUUCUGCCAAAUUUUGUACGCCCAUGUUGGAAUCUCCAUUGCCUGAAAAUUUUGGUGAUUGCAGAAGGCAAAUUGCUAGAUUUUGUGAAGCUGGUAGGAUAAAAGAUGCCAUGAAAGUAUUCAGUGAUUGUAGUAAUGUACAGUUGGACGUGGAUACUUACUGUAGCCUUCUUCAACUCUGUGCUGAACGUCAAUCUCUUGAUGAUGGCAAGAGAAUUGAAGCUAAUGUGUGUCACUGUGGCAUUGAACGAGAUGGUGUCUUGGGAGCGAAGCUGGUUUUUAUGUACUUAAAAUGUGGGGACUUAAAAGAAGGAAGAAGGGUGUUUGAUGGCAUGGUGAAAAGGAGUGUCUUUCUUUGGAAUCUGAUCAUGAAUGAGUAUGCAAAGGCGGGUGAGUAUGAAGAGGCCGUGUUUCUCUUUGUUGAAAUGCAAAGAAAUGGAGUAAGGCCUGAUUCUUACAGCUUUUCUGGUGUUUUGAAAUGUUGUUCUGCGCUUGAGAGCAUUAGAGGUGGUCAGCAGGUUCAUGAUUUGCUGAUAAAAUCGGGGUUUCAUUCCUAUGUCACAGUGGGUAAUGCUCUUAUUUCCUUUUAUUCGAGAUGUGGGAGGAUAGAGUGCGCACAGAAAGUGUUUGCCAUAAUGCCCGAACGGGAUGUUAUAUCAUGGAAUGCAACAACUGGUGGACUUUUGUUGAAUGGUAGGGCCAACGAGGCCAUUAAAUUCUUUAGAGAGAUGAAGAGUUGUGGAGUUAAAGCGGAUUUGGCAACUAUGGUUACAGUCCUUCCAGCUUCUGCAGAGCUCGGCUAUAGUUUAUACGGAAAAGAAAUUCAUGGGCAUGCACUAAGAGUUGGUCUCAAGGAGGAGACUACUUUCUGCAACUGCUUGCUUGAUAUGUAUGCGAAGUGUGGAAAACUGGAAUAUGCAAUUCGAGUUUUUGACAGAAUGCCACAAAAAACUGUUGUGUCUUGGACAUCAAUGAUCUCUGGAUAUGCACGAGAUGGGCAGUUGGAGAAAGCAAUCCAAUUGUUCAAUGAGAUGGAAUUGUCAGGCGUUAGACCAGAUCUGUUCACUGUUACCAGUGUUCUACAUGCUUGUUCUUCUAGUGGCUCUCUUAAAUAUGGGAAAGAUAUACACGGAUAUAUCAAAAGGAACGGCUUUGAAUCUAAUUUAUUUGUUGCUAAUGCACUCAUGGACAUGUAUGCGAAGUGCAGAAGCAUGGAGGAUGCGCAAUCAAUUUUUGAUAGGAUGAGUGUUCGGGACAUAGUGUCGUGGAACACGGUUAUAGGUGGCUAUGCGAAGAACCAUCUUCCAAAUGAAGCGCUCAUCCUGUUCAGCCAAAUGCAGAAAGAAGUAAAGACCAAUGGAGUAACCAUGGCAUGCACUCUUCCUGCUUGUGCAAGUCUGUCGUCUCUGGACCGAGGGAGGGAAAUCCAUGGCCACAUUGUAAGAAAUGGGUAUCACUCAGAUGGUUUCAUUAAUAAUGCUCUUAUCGACAUGUAUGCCAAAUGUGGUGACCUUGAUGUUGCCAAAGCCCUCUUUGAUAGAAUGUCAAACCGCGAUCUUGUUUCAUGGACUGCUAUGAUCGCUGGCUAUGGUAUGAAUGGCUUUGGCGAGGAAGCCAUUUCCCUCUUCAAUCAGAUGAAAGAAGCAGGCAUAAGGCCUGAUGAAGUUUCAUUCAUACCUCUUCUCUAUGCUUGCAGCCACACAGGCUUAGUUGAAGAGGGGUGGAGACUCUUUGAUUCUAUGAGAAAUGACCAUGGCAUUGUGCCAAAGCUUGAGCAUUAUGCUUGUAUGGUCGAUCUUCUAGGUCGUGCAGGGCAGUUGAAGAAAGCUUACAAGUUCAUCCAAGAAAUGCCAGUCAAGCCAGACUCCACAGUGUGGGGUGCACUGCUUUGUGCAUGCAGACUUCAUCGAGAUGUCAAACUGGCAGAAAAAGUCGCAGAGGAAGUUUUUGAGCUAGAACCAGAAAAUACAGGGUUUUAUGUACUUCUAUCAAACAUAUACGCAGAGGCUGAGAAGUGGGAAGGUGUGAAAAAAUUAAGAGCUGAAAUCACUAGCCGCAGGCUGAAAAAGAACCCAGGAUGCAGUUGGAUUGAGAUCAAAGGAAAGACCAACUUAUUCGUUGCUGGGGAUAGGUCAAAAUUGAACUCCAAAGACAUACAGACGCUGUUAAAGAAGGUGAAGGCCAAGAUGAAGGAGGAAGGCUAUACUCCUAACAAGAGAUAUGCUCUAAUCGACUUGGAUGAUCAAGGGAAAGAAGAUGCUCUCUGUGAUCACAGUGAGAAGUUGGCAAUGGCUUUUGGUCUGCUGAACUCACAGCAGGGUAAGCCGAUACGGGUGACCAAGAACCUUAGAGUGUGCGGCGACUGCCAUGAAGUUGCAAAGUUCAUGAGCAAGAGCUAUGGGAGAGAAAUCGUCUUGAGAGAUUCUAGCAGGUUUCACCAUUUCAAGGAUGGGAGAUGUUCUUGCAGAGGCUACUGGUGACAGGAAAAGGACAAACCAACUUGGAUGGAAGAACGACUUGUCUGUAAUUCCUUGUCCCAUGUUCUUUCCCCCUGAAACCAAAAUAACCAAAAGAAGAUACUCGUCCAAAGACCGAUCUUUGCUGAAUUUUUUAAUGGCCCAGUUCAUAAUCUUAGUUUAAUGGCCCAGUUCAUAAUCUUAGUGAUGCCUCUGUUCUGCAAUUGGAGAUUAAAAAGAAUGUAAAUAUUCUGCGCCUAACUCCUUUGUUCACUGCAACUAUUUGCCACCAAUCACUUUCUCUCUGACCAAAUUUUCCAAUUUGUCAGAAAACAAAUGUUCGUUUUGUUUGUUUCUAUUUGAAAAUUUUCGCCAUUCUCAAGAA